AGUCCACCAUCACAACUUCAUCGCAACCCGAUGAACAUUGGUGGCCAACCGUCUGUUACCGGUCCGCCAUCUUCAUUCAGCCUUCUUCGCCUCAUGAUAUCGGUAUCGCUGCUCUUCACUGUCCUGACCAACGUCAUUCUCUUCUGCUGGCACACCACGUGGGUGCAGACGCUGCACAACAUAACCGACUCCCACAACCUGGAGUUUCUGCGCCGGACCAAUCUGAAGGGCUGGACCAACUUACAGACCAAAAGUCGCCCUGUCAGCCGCCCAACGCCUCCCCUCCCCGCCACUGCAUCCCUCAACACCACCGGCGAUACGAGGGCAGUAGCACCUAUUCCAUCGUCUGCCAAUCUGUCGGCCGCCCAGGUCCCUUCUGGCUCUGGGACAUCGGCAAAGGCCGCCGACCUGCCGCCUUUGAGGAUUGCAUCGUCACACGAGGAGACCGACAGACGAGCCGAACUGGCCCAUCAGCGGGCUAUCGACCAAGAGAAAGAGCGGGAAAAGCAGAGACAGGAGGAAUGGGCACGAGAGAGAGAGAAAGCGACGGAGAUGAAAAAAAAGCGAGAAAAGGUGAUGGAGAGGAACAGAGAAAAAGACGACAUAGACGAGAGGCAGCGGUCAGAGGUGCCCCUACCAACGGACAAGCUUCUGGUCAACGCGACGGAGACAGACGACUACAUUUCGAUCGAGGGCCUCUUCGGCUCUCUCUCGCUGCUCAAGCGUGAGAUCACGCCCACGUGGGUGCAAGAGUUCUACCGUUCAGAGGCCUUCUACAAGGUCAAUCGCAACAGACGAAAGAGAGCCCCUCAGCCAAGAGAGGAGGGUCGGCUGUACAUGGUGACUGCCUGCGACAAGUAUCAGUACGAAGGCCUCAUGGCGCUCAUCACCUCCAUCUAUCGCAACACAAAGGUGGGAAGGAGUGGCAGCUCCCUCUUGGCUAUGGGCUACCCAAGUAUGCUCUCCCUUUUCGGCCUGUGUGUGUACUAUCAGCAUCACGACCGUCUGACGCUGUAUGUGUUUGUUGAGCGUGACGACCCUCCCUGUCUGCGGGAGACCGUGGCGUGUCUCGGGUAUGAGAAAGAGCAUCCAGACUUCAAAGUGGAGAUCUUGCCCGUCACCCCAUCGCAAGUGCGCGUCGCCAAAGGCAAACACAACCAGGUAAGUGCGUGAACAAUGCAAACAGGCAUCCGCUGAAUCGCUUAAAAGCGGACGGAGUUGAACACUUGCUGUCAGGUGUUGUUCAACUCCGUCCGCUUUUAUUUGCCGGAGCUGCUACCAUCGCACGUGCACAAGGUGCUGUGGAUUGACGCAGACACCAUAGUGAGAGAUGAUAUCGCAUUCCUGAUCGACGGGGCCAUACAGCGGGCUGUCCACAACGAGGAGCUCACCAUCACGCCCACCUCAAUCAACACGACCCUCAAUGCCAACAGCCAGAGGAGGCAGCUCGUCCCAGACGACACUGAGGGCGCCACAGCCGCCAGCAUGAGCGACCCCAUCAUCCCAAAGCACUGGAAGGAGUUUCCCAUGAUCUCGGUCAUUCGGAGGGGCGCCUACAAAUCGCUGGCGGACCUGGUGCUGCCCGAGCAGGUGGAAAUGCUCGACAGGGGGCUGGGGGUGCAUGUCGGGCUCAAAAUGUUCAACGCCGGCAUCUUCGUGGCUGACUUGGAGGCGUGGCGCCAAAACAGGAUAACGGAGGAAGCGGAGAUGGUCAUCCACUUCCUCCGUGCCAGCAAUGUCACCAAAUUCUCGGGCAUGUCGACGGUCGAGUCGAGCCAGCUGACGCUCAACAUCCUGUUCCACAAACGCGUUAAAGAGCACUUGGAGGAGCUGUGGAACGUCCUCUACCUCGGCCGGAACAAACCUAUCCCCGACGCCCUUUUGCGCAGCUCCCGCAUCUUGCACUGGAACGGCAGACGGAAGCCCUGGUUUGCCUUCGGCUCCUUCAGAGAGUACUGGACGCCGUACAGAGUGGACGACUGCCACGCAUGCCCCCUCUGGAGGUAGAACAGGACCAAAGAAGGAAGGAGACACGACACAUGUGCUUUGUCGAUCUUUCUCUCCGCUGGCCGUGUGUCGUGUCCAGGUGUGCUGACCAGAUGUGUGCGCUGCACGAGCAAGUAGAGGAGCUGCAUGAGAUCUUUGAGUCUCAGCAGUCGCGGAUGCUGCACUGGGGCCACCGCACCAACAAUGUCGUGUUCAUGCUCGAGGGGCUGCUCAAAGACUACGUGAAAGAGCAAGAGGAGAGAAGAAAAGCCGAGAUGGCGGCAAGCAGCACACAGAGACCAACGGAGGGCGCGAGGGCGGCAGCCACAAACGGCCCGUCCUCUGAGCCGCUUCUGACUGCGUGACAGGCUACCUUUAUUGGGGUUUGCGUGGCCACCUGGCGGAUGUGUGUACAAAGCGUGUCUUUGUACAGCGAUGCGUAUACCUUUGUCCUCGUCAAUUGACCGAUCGUGUGCAUGCAUAUGUGAUUUGUAAAGCCUUCGAGACGAUCGGAUUACACAUCAUACAUACAUACAUACGUAUAUGCAUACAUCCGUAUGCCACCCACAACACGGCACGACCAACCAGAUAUUAAUUCUCUCUCGUG